AUGGCCGAGCCGGGCCCGGAGCCUGGACGCGCGUGGCGGGUCCUCGCCCUGUGCGGGGCCGCGGUGUUUCUGGCCGCUGCGGCGGCCGGCGGGGCCCUGGUGGCUUGGAAUCUGGCUGCUUCCACUGCGCGGGGACCCCGCUGCUUCGAGCCGCCGCCAGGGGUAAACGCCACGGCGCCGGCGCCGCUUCCAGACCCGGCGUCCGAGGUCGAAGAACUGUGGCGCCGGCUGGAAGAGGCCACGCUGCGCGAGGAGACCCUGGCCGGGAGGCUGGAGCGCGCGGAGCGAGGCCGGCGGGAACUGGCGGAGACGCUCAGAGUCUGCGAGGGCCGCCAGAGCCAGCUUCAAACACAACUAAAGACCCUGAAGAUUGAAAUGGAAGAGGCCAAAGCUCAAGGGAUGAAGAUGGGGCUGGAGAAUGGGGCCCUGACAGACGCCCUGGCGCGCUGGGAGGCGGCGGCUGCCGAGUCUGCGCGGCGGCUGGAGGAGGCGCGGCAGAGCGCUCGCGCCGCAAAAGCCGACGGCGAAGCCUGUGCUGCCCGCGAGGUGGCGCUGCAGGAAAGCAUUUACACCCUGGAAACCCAGCUUGGCCCCCAGCAGAAAGGAUCACACACACGGCCUCGCUCAAGGUCCCGGGCCAGGCCCAGCAUCCGCUCCCGCUCCCGCUCUGGACCCACUAAAGGCUGUCGCAGGCCACCACAAAGUGCCCAAAAGUUAGCUGGCUCUCAAUAAGAGGGGAACCCCAGGCCAGGAGGACAGGUCUGGCCGGCAACCUCCAAGCUCAGCCUUCAUCCCAAGAGGUGCCCCAAAUGAAGCUACAGAUGGACGACUUGGCUCUCCUGGGCCGUACAGGGCUCAUUUUACAGAUGGGGGAAACUGAGGUCCGUUUAAUCGUGCAGAGAAAUAAAGCUGAGCUAGGACUUGAUGUCCCCAUUAACAACAAUGUGGCCUUCAUGCCAUGGACAAGAGGGCUAGGGGUAAUGACAUCUCACACUGUAAGGAUGAUAUAAAACUCCCAGGUGGAAUUUUACAGAGAACUAGUCACAAUACCAAUGGAUCAAAUGAGAAAGUUUACAAAUUGUGAAAAGCCAUCAAAAUAAUCAGUCAGGAUGAGGAUGCAGCCGGGCGUGGUGGCGCAAACCUUUAAUCCCAGCACAGAGAGGCAGAGGUAAGGUGAUUGCUUCGAGUUCGAGGCCACCCUGAGACUACAUAGUGAAUUCCAGGUCAGCCUGGGCCAGAGUGAGACCCUACCUUGAAAAAAAAAAACUAUGAGGUUGUCAACACUAAGUUAUUUUAAUAGUGUUCUGGAUGAACUGGCCAGAACAAUGACAAGAAAAUAAAUGAGAUACAAAUAAAAGAGAGAUUCAAUCAUAUGAAAGUACUGUUUCUAUGGAUAAAAAAAAAAAAAAAAAUC